UGUGCAGACACGUAAAGUUGGUACAUUUAUAAAGAGUAGGCUAAGAUAAAAUAUUGGCACACCCCACGGGCCUCUGGGGUUUUUUUUUCACAAUGGUGUCCAAUAUCUGAAACCUGACACUGUGCGAGCCCUGCCCCGUACAAGGUCCUCAAAACUUAUCCGCAAUUUCACGCCCGAUUUCUACGGAGUCAAAUGGAGCUUGCGCUACUCUGUACCUUCUUUAGUAUGGUCCAAUUAAUCAAGUAUAAACACAGCUUGCUUAUAAAGUUUUUGACAUAUCAGAUUACGAACUUAAUGUAAAUACAAUGGAAUGUUUGUUGUUCUAUCGUGAAAUUGGCUGAAUACAACCAAAUCCAAAGGGUCGAUGUCCAUUGCAAGGGUCUUUGCCCAUCUUAUUGAAUGUUCAUAUCGGUGUAUCCCUUUUCAAACAUUGCAGACGUUGUUGUCAGUCAAAUCGUUCCUUGCCCUGGCGCAAAUCUCGUUGAAAAAAUAUUUGAGCAGCCUAUCUUCAUUGUCAGCAGAUCUUUUGCAAAUAUCAUUAAAAAAGCUUUAUUCAAACAUCCUCCUUUUUUAACGACAGAUGCCUUGUAUCCGAGGCGGGAUUUUUUGUUCCGAAUUAGUAUAUUACAGUCUGAGUCAGUGCUGGCGUAAGGAACGGUUUGAAAUCUCGCGCUGUGUCGAGUUUCUCGUCGUUGUCACAAUUAAUCUCUGUCCUCUAUAUCUAAUAUCGCCCUGUACGACGGAAGUCAAGUCUCGUUUGGUCUAGCGAAGUGUGUCAGCGCAGUGCUUCUCACCUGGCCAAUUCGGAUAUAUACAAAGUCAUGUAGUGUGAAUAUUUUGACAGUUGUUGCGCGAAAUCUGACAACGAUGGCGCUCAACUCGCCUCACACGGGCAAGCGGACGCCUUCGUCCGUCGAUGAUGUGGAAGAGUUACUUCCCUUGACGGAAUCGGAUUUUGAAGUCAUGUCCGAAACAGAAUCGUCUGGAAAGGACGCAUGUGUAAAUGGAGAUAUAAGAAACGGCAAAAUGUCUGUGAAACCUCUACCUAUGAAAAUGGAUGAGGAGUCUACCAAAGAUAUCAAAUGCGGAUAUGGACCAUAUUCACCAAACUGUAUGCAGAAAUUCAACAAUCCCAAAGCACUGCUGUUCUUCUUGAGCUGUUUUUGUAUGUUGCAAGGUUUUGUAGUCAACGGUAUAAAUAAUGUCAACACGACGUCGGUGGAGCGGCGCUUUGAGCUGCCCAGCUCCAGGGUCGGCUCCAUCUCUAGCGCCUACGACAUCUCGGCGGGAAUACUGGGGGUCAUCAUCUCGUACUUCGGCUCCGGGAAAAACAAGCCCCGGAUGGUGGCCUCAGCCUGCCUGUUCAUGUCCCUGGGGUCGUUCAUCAUGGCCCUCCCUCACUUUAUUACGGGCUUGUACGAAUAUGGCCAGAAUGUGGCGGAAUCUUGCCGAGAUCCAGCGACAGCAGCUCUCAGUGAGAACUCGUGCUCCGCGGACGCGGAGAAUUACCUGCAACACUUCCUGUACGUGUUCCUGCUGGGUCAGGUCAUGCACGGGGUCGGGGGAACCACCCUGUACAUAGUGGGCGUGGCCCUGGUUGACGACAGUGUCCCGUCCUCGGCCUCCCCCUUAUACGUCGGAAUAAUGUAUUCCUUUUCCACCUUGGGUCCCGCGUUAGGAUACGUAAUAGGGGGACAAUUGCUUAACCUCUAUGUGGAUUUCUAUGAGGUUGAAAGCGUGUCGAUAACCCCAAAGGAUCCCCGAUGGGUAGGCGCAUGGUGGGUGGGGUUUGUCGUUGCGUCUUUGCUGUUUUUAGUCGUUUCAAUUCCAUUGUUUGGUUAUGGAAAAGAAUUACCAACGGCUCAGCACGUAAGAGAAACGCGGGUAACAGAAACCCACAACGACAACACAACAGAAAAAGCUGUCAAAGAGUUGGGGGCGUCCAUCAAGGACAUGCCGCGAUCGUUUUGGAUCCUGAUGAAGAAUCCUGCCUUCUUGUUCAUUUCACUGGCGGGGACCUUCGAGGGAUUUUCUACAUCUGGAAUGGCCACAUUCCUACCGAAACUUAUCCAGAACCAGUUUGGCACAUCCGCUGCUUGGGCGGCAAUUCUCAGCGGUCUAGUAGCUGUUCCUGGUGCCGCGGGCGGUCAGUUUGUCGGAGGGAUAAUUUGUAAGAAGAUGAAGCUGAAAGUAAAAGGCAUGCUACGUCUGAACGUCAUCGUCUGUAUACUUGCGCUUCUUCUUGACGCUGUCGUCUGGGUGCGAUGUGAUCUAGAGGACAUCGCGGGCGUCACAGUUGGCUAUAAUCAAGGGGAGGACGUUGAUGGUCUCAUAUCUGCGUGUAACAAUAACUGUUCUUGCAGCACGGCGCUAUACGAGCCGGUAUGCAGCGAGCACAAUGUGCAGUACUUCUCGCCGUGUCACGCCGGGUGUUCUGGGAAGGCUCGGGACGACGGGACGUAUUCAAACUGUUCUUGCGUUGCUGCGUUCAACCACAGCGUUUCCCAUCUGUCACAGUCCACCGUUAGGAAAGGGAAGUGUAACUCCGAGUGCUAGUUGUACAUCUUUCUCCCCAUUUUGCUGUUGUCCAUCUUUUUCCGAUUCAUUGAAUCGCCUCCUUCCGUGGCUGUUACAUUAAGAUGUAUACAUGACAGUCAGCGGACGUUCGCACUAGGUAUUCAGUGGUUCAUUGCCAGACUCCUAGGAAUGGUUCCGGGACCAAUUUUCUUUGGGGCCAUCAUCGACGGUACCUGUUUAGUGUGGCAAGAGAAAUGCAAGGAGAGGGCUUCCUGUUGGAUUUACGACAAUGAGGCGCUCAGUCGGAACUUCUUUGUGAUACUCGUCUGUGUGAAGACUCUAGCGGCCAUUAUGUUUAUACUGGCCUACAAGUUCUAUAACCCGCCCGCCGACAAGUUGCCCAAUGUUAGUACGACAGUGAAAAAUCACAGUACUGAGAAUGGGACAGGGCCACCAAGGAAAGAUAACUCCAGUGUUUCAGACUCGGUUUCCGAGCGAACUUCCACGUUUUAAAGGAAUCGUCCGUUAGUUGUCCUUAAUUUAUUUUAAUUUAAAGUUCAUCUGCAUAUAAUCCUCAUUUGACAGUCAGUGUCAAGCCCAACUCUGUCACAUGAUUCUCUAGCAUUCCUGUUGUGUGUUCACAGUUUAUAAAUCUGUGAUUGUUAUUACAAUUUCGAUAAUCCAAGAGAGACGCAAAGAUUGUGGUGACGCCCAUUUUCAAUAUGAUUUGGGUGCAAUUAAAAGGACGCGUCAAAAUUGAACAAAUAAAGCCACACUUGUACAGAUUUGGUUUUUUUUUUCAAAACGACGCUUAAAUUCGAAGAUUCGAUGAUGUUGGUGACAUUGUUUGAAACCUGAAUGUGAAUUAAACGCUGAAAUCUGUGACGCAGAUGCGCAACCCAAUGUGACGCAAUACAAGUGAGACGCUGUAAUUUUAUUCAGCAUUGGAAUUUAGGGGGCGUUACAAUAGUGGAAACGUCGUCGCUUAGUGUGCAAGCCAGAAUUUGUAAAUCUUGCAUGAAAAAAAUCUUUUUUCCAUGAAGUUUCAUUAUUGUUGAUUCUAAGUACUUACAUAUAUAUUUCUUGUGUGCUGGUUCACAAAUGAAAUAUGUAGUUUGUUAUUGUACUUACUUUGCAAUGUACAUAUUUCCAUAAUCUAUACUGGAACUUGUGCUGUGAUAUUUUAUAUCAACAUCUUUAAAGACAAAGCAGGUUAAAUUACAUUUUUUUACCAGUUGAAUGCCACAAGAUUUUUAUUUUUUUAUUAGAAUGGUUCAGCUGUUUAUUUCUCAAUUGAUUUGCGGACAACAUUUGUACGUCCAACUCAGCAUAAUGAUAUUUUGUUUGAAAUACUCUAUCAUCACCUCAGAAUGUUCAUGAAAAAGAAGUUAUGGCGUCGACUGUAUAGACGCAGACGUUCAGUUGGUAGAAGGUGCUGACUUGCUUGAUUAUUGAUUGUUUUUAAGUUAUUAAUGUCAGAAUUAUGAAAGAUUUUAUUUUUACAAUAAAAACUUUUCCAUGAGGAAAAAAGAACUCAA